AUGGUAGCGCUGCCAGAGUUUGAGUGGGGCGGGAUGGAGAACUGGGGGUUGAUCACCUUCAAAGAGUCGACCAUCCUGUACAGCCCGGAGGUGUCGCCCCUGACAGCCAAUGAGGAUGUCGCGCAGACGGUCUGUCAUGAAAUCUCGCACAUGUGGUUUGGUAACAUCGUCACCAUGGACUGGUGGAAUGACCUCUGGUUGAACGAGGGAUUCGCCAGUUAUAUCGAGUAUGUGGGCGUGGCACUCAAGGAACCAGACUGGGAAAUUCUGACGAAAUUCUUGGACAAAUAUUACUUUUUGGCCAUGAAGAUCGACAGCAAGGUGGGCACUCACCCCAUUGUGAUGGACGUACAGACGACUACCGACUUUACUCAGUCUUUUGAUGAGAUUAUGUACUACAAGGGGUCGUCGAUCAUAAGAAUGCUGAAGUCGAUGAUGGGUGACGACUUGUUCUAUUCUGGCGUCGCGAACUACCUGAAGAAGUUCCAAUGGGGAAAUGCCAAGACUGACGAUCUCUGGAACUCUCUGUCUGACGUGGAUCAUCGCCAUGACGUCAAGCACAUCAUGGAUACCUGGAUACUACAAGACGGGUUUCCGUUCAUUAACGUCACGUUCACGAGGGAUAACUCUGGCAAAACUCUGGUUACAGCCAGCCAGAGCCGGUUCCUGGGCAACCCUACGGCCGUUGUGGAGGCCAGCAGUUCACCGCUAGGGUACAAAUGGUUUGUUGAGCUCACCUACAAGACGUCCGCAGGACUCAGUGGGACCCAGAGCAUGGACAUGAAUGACACAACCUUCACCUUAGACCUGGAUAUAGAGAACGACAUGACCUGGGUCAAGUUCAACACUGACCAGAUGGGCUACUACAUCGUCCUCUACCCCCCAGAGAUGUGGAGGAAAUUGUUGAACUACCUGCUCACUACUCCAGUUGAUGACUGGACGCUCUCCGCCUCUGACCGUGCUGGGCUACUAAACGAUGCCUUCAGUCUGGCCAACGCUGGGAAGUUGUCCUACGAGCUGCCCCUGGAGCUGAUGGCUUAUCUGGACAGGGAGGGGGAUUAUGUCGUCUGGUCGACCGCCAUCAAGUCUGGCAUCAACCCCAUCAGUCAGAUGCUUUACACUCCUCAAUGGAAGAAUUUUGUGAAAAACAUUUCUCAGUCAGUUAUAGAAAAGUUAGGAUUUGAGGACGUAGGUACCAACACCGAGAGACUGUUGCGGAACAUGUUGUGGAACUUAGCAGUGAGUUCCAAUUACACUCCAGUCAUAGAGAAUCUUAGUUCCAAGUUUCGUGGGUGGCUGGACAAUGGAACCAGCGUCACACCUAACCAGAAACAUACAGUUUACACGGUUGGGAUGAUGUUCGCGGGGACAGCGCAGGACUGGGACGUCAUCUGGCAGAAAUAUCUGGUAGAGCCGUCGCCCCACGAGAAGGAUUUGUUGAUGUACGCCCUGGCUACCACACGUCAGACGUCGAGGGUGGACAAGUUGUUGGGGUACCUGAAAGAUGAGGUUGGCAUCAAACGUCAAGACUUCGCCACUGUGACCCAGAUUCUUGGCAUGAACUCUGUGGCCAAUCCUAUGCUCUGGGACUGGAUCAGAAAGAAUUAUCAAUUUUUUAUCGACAGGUUCACCAUAGAUGACCUCAGGUUCGGUGAAGUUGUCUACGACACCGUCAAGUUGUACAGCACCAGAGAAAAGCUACAGGAGGUGAAAGACUUUUUCGCACAAUACCCAGACGCAGGGGCCAGUGAAGGCCAUCGCAUGCUUGCCAUAGACAGCAUAGAGAAAAAUAUUUACUGGGCGGAGCACUUCAAGCCUGUGAUUGUUGAUUGGCUGGAGAGACGCCAUCUUUAGGUCUCGAGGUCACGUGACACAGAGCGAGAGUUCAAACUACAGGAUAACAAAGACACAAAAUACAUGGCAACUACAGGGCCAUAAAUUUAAAAAUUAAAUAAAUAAAGGGUCAUAUAUUACUAGAUUGAUAUCUUUUGUUCAUAAACAUAUUUAUUAAACAAGAUAUGUAAUCAUU